AUGUCUGGUACUAAUGAGCAACCUACAACAGCUAUCGCUGGUGAUCCUACUAUGAGAUCCAAAAUGGAGGCUUUAAUUCGAAAGAAGCAAAAAGAGAUCAUAGCAGCUCUGGAAAAAGUUGACGGUGGUGAAAAGAAAUUUUUUUUGGAUGAGUGGGAUCGACCUGAGAAAAGGGGAGGCGGUAUCACUGGGGUCUUGGAAGGUGGGAAAGUCAUUGAGAAAGCUGGUGUGAAUAUUUCCAUAGUUCAAGGAGCCAUUCCGCCCUCGGGAAUCAAGAAGAUGAAAGCUGAUCAUGCUAGUUUGUAUGCACCUGAAGGGGAGAGUCUCCCAUUCUGGGUCUGUGGCUUGAGUUUGAUAGUUCACCCACAGAACCCUAUGGCUCCCACCACGCACUUGAACUAUCGCUAUUUUGAAACUCAGAAUCCUGACGGAAGCCCACAAGCAUGGUGGUUUGGAGGAGGUGCUGAUUUAACGCCUUACUAUUUGUUUGAGGAAGAUGCCGUUUUAUUCCAUCAGGAGCAUAAAGAUGCCUGUGAUAAGCAUGACGCCGAGUAUUAUCCGAAGUUCAAGAAAUGGUGUGAUAAGUACUUUUACAAUGCUCACCGUCAUGAAGGGCGUGGUAUUGGUGGAAUAUUUUUUGAUGAUUUGGCAAAUAAAGAACCAGAGAAGAUAUAUGAGUUUGUCCAAUCAGGAUUUGACGCUUUUUUGAAUUCAUAUACCACUAUCUUAAACCGAAGGAAGGAUCUUCCUUACUCCGACGAGCAAAAGAACUGGCAGCUAAUUCGUAGAGGACGCUAUGUUGAAUUUAACCUUGUACAUGACAGAGGUACAGCCUUCGGCUUACAAACACCGAAUGCUAGAAUUGAGUCUAUUUUAGUGUCGCUCCCUCUGCAUGUGUCUUGGGUCUACAACCACCAGCCUGUAGCAGGCUCUGAGGAAGAAAAGCUUGUUCAAGCUCUGAAAACACCCAGAGAAUGGGUUGGCCAGUGA